GUUUUUUUAAAGUUGUCUACUACCUGUUGCCGGGGGCGCGCGCAGCAGCGGCGCGUGCUCGUGCUCGCUCCGAACACGUGACGUUAGCACUGCGUGUGUGUGUGUGUGUGUGUGCGCGCGCGCGGACAGAUACCGACAGAGGAGGAAGAAGAUGCGGGUCGGUGAGUCAGCCUCUGAUAUGGACUACAAGGUUGUGUUUGCAGCCUUGGAGACGGUGUGUGAAGACAACGUCUCUGCUUUGUGUGGGCCCUCCGAUUUGCCGUACGGCACUGUUGCCAAGCGCCUGGUCACAUGUUUGAGAGAGAUCCAGGAGCACGGCCGAGCUCUGGAGCCCGUGGUCGCCAGCCUCACCGCCAUUUACCACCACUACGACUUUGACGUAGAAACGCCUGGGAAUGGCUACCGCACGCUGGUCAAAGUCUUGCAUGCCUGCCUUUUGCACAUCAUUCACAAGGGCCGUUACAUUGCGGCCAACUACAACAGUGCCUUCUUCAGAGCGGAGCACAACGCGUCUGAGAUGGAGGCGUACUGCAGCGCCCUGUGCCAGCUGCGCGCCUUGCUCCACCUCGCCCAGCAGCUGAUCAACGACAACGACUACGGCCAGCUGUACUCGCAGCAGGAUGGAGACCUGAGCCGCAGGUUCGUGCAGGAGUACAGCACCAUGCACAAAGCGUGUUUCUACGGACGCUGUCUUGGCUUUCAGUUCUCUCCUACUCUUCGUCCAUUCCUCCAGACUGUUGUCAUAAGCAUGAUUUCAUAUGGAGAGACGUUUGGUAAACAGCAGUCUGGCUUUGGUAUGGCAGCCCUUUCUCUCCUCACAUCGGGGAAGUACAUCAUUGAUCCAGAGUUGCGGGGCAUUGAGUUCGAACGCAUUACCCAGAACCUGGAUUUACAGUUCUGGAAGUCCUUCUGGAACCUCACAGAGUCUGGCCUCAUAACAGGCUUGAACAGAAUAGCUUCUAACCCUGUGCAGCUGAACUUCACCCUGACCCUGCCCCCUGUCUUUCUACGCCUGCCUCUGGCCUCAGACCCCAGUCUAACAGCCACCGUUUCACCUCCAAUAGCCCACUGGGGCCCUGGGCCAGUCCAAAUGCGUCUAAUCUCCUACGAGCUUCGAGAAGGACAGGACAGUGAAGAGCUGCAGGCUUUUUCCAGAAUCGACCCUCCCCCCGUCACGGCGUCCCAUCUCCCCUGGGUACAGAAGCAGCCUCGUUCCCCCUGGCUGCUUAUCCACUUCCACGGAGGCGGUUUUGUGGCCCAGACAUCCAGGUCCCAUGAGAAUUAUCUUCGGAUCUGGUCGAAGGAGCUGAACGUCCCUGUCCUCUCUGUCGACUACUCUUUGUCACCUGAAGCGCCUUUUCCAAGAGCUCUGGAGGAGUGUUUCUACGCCUACUGCUGGGCUUUGAACAACUGUCAUCUCCUGGGUUCCACAGCAGAGCGCGUUUGUCUGGCGGGGGACAGUGCCGGAGGAAACCUCUGCAUCACGGUGUCCAUGAAGGCCAUGUCCACUGGCAUCCGAGUGCCAGAUGGCAUCAUGGCUGCCUACCCGGCUACCUUACUCACCACCGCUGCCUCGCCCUCCCGCCUGCUCACGCUCAUCGACCCACUGUUGCCUCUAGGCGUUCUCGCAAAGUGCCUCAAUGCCUACGCUGGUGCAGACUGCCAAGUGGUGCAGCCCGCCGUGGGGAGCGGCAGUCUGAGCACUCUAGGCAGAGACACGGCCAUGUUGCUCAGUGACCUCACCCAGGGAGCCUCCAACUGGAUCCAGUCCUUUCUGGAUCCCAUGCUGAGUUCAGCUGGAGUAGCACGCUCCAUGUCGAGGUCCCACAGCAGUGAAACCCGCAGGACAUCAACGCGCACAUCCACAGAAAACACUGUGGAUUACCCGCAAGGAUUUGAGCCCUUGCGCUCCGAGUGUCUGGCGGUUGUUCACCCAACCUCCUCUCCCGUUUUCACAAACCCGUUUGUGUCGCCUUUACUGGCCCCAAACCACCUGCUGAGAGGCCUGCCGCCUGUAUACAUAGUGGCCUCAGCUCUGGAUGCCUUGCUGGACGACUCGGUGAUGUUUGCCAAGAAACUGCGAGACAUGGGCCAGCCAGUGAGUCUGACGGUGGUGGAGGACCUGCCUCACGGCUUCCUCAGUCUAUCGCAGCUCGCCAAGGAGACGGAGGUCGCCGCAGAAAUCUGCGUGGCACGAAUUAGGCAGGUUUUUGAGCAGGAAAAACCGACGCCCGCUCUUCGCAAAAGGCCAAUGCGGGAAGUGACUUAACGGAGUACCAAAGGAUCAGGCUGCUUUAUUCUUUCUGUUUUGGGAUGAAGAAGAGAACUGACAUAAUGUGGUGAGAUUAGUGCAAUAAGAAAGCUAAUAGGGACACUGCACUUGAAACCACUAUGGCCCAUUUUCUGUUGGCAAAGAUGUUCAAGAGAGCCACUUAACACUUACAUUUUCUACAUCUACGCUUUAAUAUGAUCCUAAAUGAAAUAAAUAAAUAUAAUUUUUCUACUAAGAAUUAGUAAGAAGACAAAAAAACCCCGCAGGUACUGAUUUAAAAACUGAUCAGUAGCAGGAUCUGUUGAUCUUGAAUUUAAAGCAUCACUUUAUUUGCAAUGUCUUUGCGUAUCACCACGAUUAAAAGGUUUACUUGUACAGGAAACACAUUUCUGAUGCAUUUUGUUAAUAUGUAAUUUUGAUUAAAUUUAUAACCUGGUUUCUCCAGUUUGUCACAUCUUCACAUUGACGAGGAGGCCCCUUUAAUUUUAAAUAUUUAACACUUAUUUAUUUAAAGUCUGUAUUAAAUCAAAAUUGCAAAAAAAAUGACCGGUGUGAAAAUAUUUUGUGUAUUUGAGUCAAUUGCGAAGGUGCAUCUGAGCAACUUAAUCUGAACGUUAUGUAUUCUGUCAGCACAACCUGUUCUGUGCUAGUGUGUAGUCAAUUUUUACUGGCUGGCAUAAAAUGUGGAGUAAAUCACACAUCUCCAUGGACAUAAGUUCUUUACUUGAUAUGUUAGGAGAUGAGCAUGCUGUAUAUCUACAGGAAUAGCUUGUGCUGUAUUUUAACUUUAUUAAAAGUUCAAAUUCAAGUUUUAAGAAGAAAACAAUGGUAUAAAAGCAUCUUUUAUAGGUGAAAUUAAGGCCACAGAACAUGUGCACAAUUAAUAAAAAUAUGUUUCAUUAUGUUCAUUAGAGAGAAGAAAGAAUCUUUAGUGUUACAAGUGAGAGCUGGUAUUAGAUCGAUUCAAAAAAGGAAGUACAACGUUUCUUUUGUAUAGUACAUAUUAUGAUUAUUCCGGAAUUGCCAAAUAAAAUGGUAAAAGGU